CACACCCAUCCCGUGCUGCACACACAAGCCCAUGGCCGCGAAAGUGGGACAGAGCGAGGCGCAGAGGACACCGGUGAGGCUUGGCCAGGGCAUGCGUGCCCUGUGGGUGCUGAGGGUCGAUGAGCCUGGUGUGGUGGCAGCGCGGACGUUUCCGGUGGUCGAAGCAGGACUGCGGCGGACGGCCGUGGCUACCGAGAGCGCCAAGCUCGCAGUACCAGCCCCAUUGCCGACAAGCUCGGCUGUACUCGAGGCAGUGGUGGGGGAGAUCCUGCCGAGUACACCCGCGCUCGGUGGCGACGACGGGGCGUCCGACGCCGCGGUGGCUGCCUCGGCCGCCGGCCUCUGGCCGCUCUGCCUCCAUCGGACCGGCCCACUGGUGGUGGUAGUGGCGCCGAGCGUCAAGCCCGGCGCGCAGCAUGCUGGCCGCCUGGUGGACGAGCCAAGUGUGACGGUCGGCCAUGGCCUCGCUGCCACGCUCGCCGAGCUGCUUGCCGGCUACGCGCCCGGCUACGAUCUGGCCCACAUGGGCGUCAUCGACGUCUUUGUGGCCUUUGCGCUCCCGCUCGGCACGGUCCUCACGCUCGACCUUCCUGCCAUCCGCAAGUACAUGGCCCACAAGCCGCGCGACUUGAUUGCGUCGGUCCAGGGCCCUGCGGCGGUGGCCAAGAUUCCGGCGUCCAAGCCGUUCCUAGCCAAGUCGCGUUCGCGGCAAGUUGUCGACAUUCGUGUCUCCGAGUCGGUCCGCGCCGUCCAGUACGACGUGCCGCACCUGGCGGACGUUUGCGUUGUCCAGGGUUCGCUUCAGGUCAAGGCGUUGCUCGAGGGUGUGCCCGAGGUGACUGUCAUGGCGCCGACGUUGGCGCAGGUCGAGUCCCUUGCCCUCGAUCCGGCGGUCUCGGUCUUUGAGCCCACCACCGGUAAGCUCUCGCUCAUUCCGCCGCUGGAGACGCUGGCAGUGGCGCAGUACUCGGUUCCAGUCUCGGUCCCGGGCUCGCUCCCGAUCCGCGGCUUUUACCAGCAGUCGCCGCUCGGCCCGCAGACCAUCCACCUGCUAAUCCAGCUCAAGCUGUGCGUCAAGGCUGACGUCGGCUAUUGCCAAGUCCGCAUCCCGUUUCACAACCACGGUCAGAUUACCCACGUCGAUCUGCGCCCUUCCGCUGGUAUUGUCAACGUCACCGCAGACCGGCGGGCGCUUGUCUGGAUCCUCACCGAACGAUGGUCGGUCGGCAACGCCGAAGUCGAGCUUCCGGGCACAAUCACGUUUCACGGCAGCCCUCGCCUGCUUGAUGUCGAUGCCGCUGCGCUCGCACCGCAGCCGCCGCAGCCGACCCCGACCUCGCUUGCUCUCGAUGAGCUCAACGCCGGGUCGGCUGUGGCGCUGGCGUCGCUGGCCGCUGAUGCCGCCGCCGCCGACGCCGCACGUACCGCCGUCGCCCACCUCGCUGCGCCAUCCGACGACCCGUUCUGUGUCGCCUCCAAUGCCUACAUUGCGCUCGACUUUAAGAUGACCAACACGACGCUGUCAGGCGUUCACAUUGCCCGCGACGCCGUCUCGGUCUACCCGAAGACCCGGACCAAGCUCAACGUUGACCACGAGCUCGUCUCGUCCGACUACAUCAUCUGGAACUCGCUCGGCGCUUCGCGGCAUGGCGUCGAUCUAUCUGAUCUUCUCGCCACUGCUCCGGCGCCGUCAUGAGUACUUUGGUCAAACUAUUGCGUCUUGUGCGCACGCGUCUGCGCGCGCAAUGUCGCGGCCACCGCUGCCGGCACCAGCCCACUCGCUGCACCCAGCGCCGCGUGCAUGUAGUAUGCCGCUGGAU